AUAUGCUAUAUCUUCUUGCUAAACCAUCAUCUUAAAUAAUUUCUGUCAUAUAAAAAAACUUAUCUCCUCCAAAUCUUUAGCAUUUUUUAUCUAACAGAAUCAAACUCCUAAAAUGAAACAUGAACAUGGAACUUAUAAUUUCUCAUUAUCUUUAUCAUCAUCUUUCUUCAGCUUUCUUACAAUUAUUCAUCUCUUAAUCAACGGAGCCUCGGCCAUUGACAAGCUAAGUAAUGAAACAGACAGACUAGCUUUGCUACAAUUCAAGGCCAAAAUAACCGACGACCCUCUCGGUAUCAUGAAUUCAUGGAACAACUCUUAUCAUUUUUGCCAUUGGUACGGUGUCACAUGCGGCAGUAAACACCAGAGAGUGACAGUUUUAGACCUAAGAACCCUAAAACUCUCAGGUUCUAUAUCACCACAUAUCGGCAAUUUAAGCUUUUUACGAGAAUUAUAUCUCGGAAACAAUGGCUUCCGCUCCGAGAUUCCUCCUCAAAUCGGCCGUUUACGUAGACUACAAGUAUUGUUUCUUCCCAAUAACUUGAUCACAGGCAAAAUUCCUCCAAACUUAUCUUCUUGUUCUAAUCUUGAAUCUCUUGUUUUACGCAGCAACAAUCUUGAAGGUGAAAUUCCAUUGGAGCUAACUAAUUUGAUGAAGCUUACAGUAAUCAGUUUAGGAACCAACAAUCUGACAGGAAAUAUUCCUUCUUCUCUUGCAAACCUGUCACUUCUUGAGCAAUUCAUUGCUUCUGAAAACAAAUUCCAUGGAGUUAUACCUGAAUCUUUCGGAAAUUUGAUGAACUUAAGAACUUUAGGGCUUGCUCUUAAUCAACUCUCUGGUUUAAUCCCUUCUUCUAUUUUCAAUAUCUCGUUGAUUCAGACUAUAGAUAUAGGAACAAAUGAUUUCCAUGGAUUUCUUCCGAUGAGCUUAGUGGACUCUGUUCCGAUGAUCAAAUUUCUAUCCGUUUCUUCCAAUCAAUUCAUCGGUUCGAUUCCGACGUCGAUUUCGAACGCUUCAAAUCUAGAACUCCUUCAAACAGACAGAAAUAAUUUUACUGGAAAUGUCCCCUCUCUUGAAAAGUUGAAUAAACUUGUAGUUCUAGGGUUGAGUAAUAACCAUUUGGGAAGCCGUAAAGCUGAUGACUUAUCAUUUCUGUUCCACCUGACCAACGCCACUAACUUAACAACGCUGCUCAUAAAUGAUAACAACUUCGGCGGAGAGCUGCCGGAAUACAUAGCCAACUUCUCAAAGAAGCUGGAGAACUUAAACUUCCGAAGAAAUCAAAUUCACGGAAAGAUUCCGAGCGAUAUUGAUUUUCUUGUCAACCUGAAAGUUCUCACUGCAUCGGAAAAUUUACUCUCAGGCGAAAUUCCGUUGACCGUUGGAAAGCUAAAGAAUUUAGGAAGUCUUGCUUUGGCGAUAAAUAAUUUCGUUGGAAACAUUCCUUCGAGUAUCGGAAACUUGACGAACUUGAUCACCAUUUAUUUACAAAACAAUCAACUCCAAGGUAUGAUCCCAUCAACUAUAGGAAAUUGCAAAAAUUUGUUAUUGUUAGUUCUUAAUCACAACAAUCUUACCGGUCCGAUACCUCGACAAAUAUUCGAAAUUUCUUCGUUGACGCAGGGUUUGUUUUUAUCUUUCAAUCGUUUGAAUGGGCCGCUUGCAGAUGAAGUAAGCAACUUAAAACAAUUGGGAAUGAUAUUUCUUGAACAUAAUUUAUUGUCCGGUGAGAUUCCAACCGGUAUAGGAAGUUGUGUUAGUUUAGUAACGCUUUCAUUGAGUAAUAACUUCUUUCAAGGAUCGUUUCCUUCCUCUUUAAGUUCAUUGAGAGGUCUUGCGUUUUUAGAUCUUUCUUACAACAAUUUGUCAGGACGGAUUCCUGAUUUCUUGGAGAGUUUCAUUUUACUACAAUGGUUGAAUCUAUCUUAUAAUGAUUUUGAAGGAAUGGUACCAAUAGAAGGAAUCUUUAAGAAUGGUACUCUAAUAAUUCUACAAGGAAACAAGAAAUUAUGUGGUGGUAUAAGUGAUCUUGGCCUCCUCCCUUGCGAAUUUGAAGAGCCGAAAGGCGUAAAUGAGAAGAGAAGAACGAUACUUCUAGUUUCGGCAUUUAUAAGUGCCUUGUUACUACUCCUCGCGUGUUUACUUGUUUGGUUGUCGAGAAAAAGAAGCACGAUUUCUACAAUAUUAAGCCCUUUUGAGAAUGAGAUGUUAAGACUCACCUAUCAUAAUCUCGCUAAAGCGACAAAUAAAUUUUCUUCGGAGAAUUUAAUUGGUUCAGGUGGAUUUGGGUCUGUUUAUAAAGGAGUUCUCGACCAAAUCGGACUUGUAAUUGCAGUGAAAGUGCUUAAUCUUACGCGUCGGGAGGCAUCCAAAAGCUUUCUAGCUGAAUGCAAAGUGUUGAGAAAUGUCAGACAUCGAAAUCUUGUCAAAGUGCUCACUGCUUGUUCCGGUGUUGAUAAUCAAGGCAAUGAUUUCAAAGCUUUGGUUUACGAGUUCAUGGAUAAUGGAAACUUACACGAUUGGUUGCAUCCAACUCAUAGUCCAAAAAAUUUAAACAUUGAUCAAAGAUUAAAUAUCGCGAUCGAUGUAGCUUCUGCAUUGGAGUAUCUGCACUAUCAUUCUGGAACACCUAUUGUACAUUGUGAUCUAAAACCAAGAAACAUUCUUCUCGAUAAAGAAAUGACUGCGCAUGUUGGCGAUUUUGGAUUGGUCAAGUUCCUUACUUCAGAGAUAUCUCAUUCUCCAGGCCAGACCGGCUCUCUUGGAGCAAUUGGAACUAUCGGUUAUUGUCCUCCAGAGUACGGGUUAGGAACCGAUGCUUCAACAUCCGGAGAUGUAUAUAGCUUUGGCAUACUUUUGUUAGAGAUGUUCACAGGAAAGGUUCCUACUCAUAACAUAUUUAUAGAGGGAUUAAGUCUCCAUAAAUUUGUCGAGAGAGUUUUACCUGAACAAGUGAUCCAAAUUAUAGAUCCCAAUUUGCAACUCAGAGAAAAUGCAAAUCACAUACUUAUUGAGUGCAUGAUUCAAAUAUUUGAAAUUGGGAUCUCGUGUUCUUCUGAAUCACCACAAGAUCGGUUGAAUAUUGGUGAUGUUGUUUCUCAGCUCUCUUCUGUCAAAAGAAAACUUCAGGAUAAUCGAUCUCGGCAGGAGAUCGGAGACAUUGCAAGUACAAGUCAAGAGACAAGCAGGUGCACAACUUUGAUGAAUUCAAAUCGAAGGUUGGAGUUGGGAUGGUGAUGACGCAGGGUGUGCCUU